AUGUUAUUGAAGGAUCUUAUUUUGUCAGCUACCUUGGUGUCUUUAGUUGAGGUCGCUAAUGCUUGGUCCCCAACUAAUGGCUAUGCUCCAGCGACAGUUGAUUGUGAUAAGAAUAUUAAUUUGACUAGAGCUGCUUCUGGUUUAUCCGAAUCAGAAUCUUCAUGGUUACAAAAGAAGGAUGCCUCUACAAAAGAAGCAUUACUGAGCUUUUUAACUCGUUCUACUACAAACUUCACAGAUACAUCUCUUCUGGAUGCUCUUUUCAAGAAUUCUUCCGAUAUCCCAAGAGUUGGAAUUGCUGCAUCAGGUGGUGGUUAUCGUGCUAUGUUUGGUGGUGCUGGUAUGGUUGCAGCCAUGGAUAAUAGAACUGAGGGUGCGAACGAAUAUGGGUUAGGUGGUUUAUUACAAGGUACUACCUACCUAUCAGCUUUAUCCGGUGGUUCUUGGUUCGCUAGUACUAUUGUAUUCAAUAAUUGGACUUCUGUUCAAGAGAUAGUCGAUCAAAUGAGUGAUACAAACAAUUCUAUUUGGAAUACCGCUCAAUCCCCUUUCACCCCAGGUGGAACCAACAAUACAAUCACUACUGAAAGAUAUGCAAACAUUACUUCUGCAGUCAACGAUAAGUACAAUGCUGGUUUCCCAGUUUCCUUAGCUGACGUAUGGGGUCUUGCAUUUGCUUAUUCUUUUUUCCCAACUUUACCUCAAGGUGGUGUAGGUUAUACUUGGUCCACAUUACAAGAAAUAGAGCAAUUUACUAAUGCAGAAAUGCCUUUCUUAAUCGAAUUAACAAAAGUUCAAAAGGCCAAUGGUGACUCAGUUGACCUAAACUCACCAACAGUCGAAAUAAAUCCAUUCGAAAUCGGAUCCUGGGAUCCAUCCAUUAAUGGUUUUAGUGAAGUUAAAUAUCUAGGUACUAAUGUUUCUAAUGGUAUUCCUAUCGUUGAGGGUAAAUGUGUGGAAGGUUUUGACAACGUCGAUUUCUUUUUUGGUACAUCCAGUAAUCUAAUCGAAUAUAUUGAUGCCUCUAACGUCACUACUUACAAGUAUCUAAUCAAUGAAUUAGCUACAUUAUUUUUAGGUAACCAAAGUACUAGCAGCACCCGUGAUAUGGCCUUGUACUCUCCAAACCCAUUCAAAGGAACUAGCUUUUAUGAUAAAUCCAAUGGCACCGUCAGUGAAUAUGUCACCGAUGAAGAACUUCUAAUGAUUGAUGGUGGAUCUGAUGGACAAACUAUUCCUUUCACCCCAUUAAUGAGAAAAGAACGUAAUGUCGAUGUUGUGUUUGCGUUAGAUUACAGUUCCGAUGGUAGCGAUAGUUAUCCAAAUGGUUUAUCUGUCGUUAACUCAUACGAGCGUCAAUUCUUAGACAUUGGUAAGAAUGAAGCCUUCCCAUAUGUUCCUGGUGUGGACGCCUUCGUGGAACUUGGUUUGAACAAACGUCCAGUUUUCUUUGGUUGUAACUCUACCAAUUUGACAGAUUUGGCUUAUAUACCGCCUUUAGUUGUUUACCUACCAAACGCUGAAUACUCCUAUGCCUCUAAUGUUAGUACUUUCCAACAAUCCUUUGAUGUUACUGAGCGUAAGGAACUAAUCCAAAAUGCUUUCGAGGCUGCUACUAUGGGCAAUAUGACUAAGGACCCAGAGUUCUUAAGUUGUAUCGGUUGUGCAGUUAUGAGACGUAAACAAGAACAACAAAACCUGACUUGGCCAGAGGAAUGUGAAAAAUGUUUCUCUAAAUACUGUUGGGAUGGUUCAUUGAGUAAGAGUACUUCAGUGUCCAACACUACCUCUAGUACUUCUAACAAUGUUACAUACUCUAACGCUACAGGAAUAAGUGGUACUACUGCUGUUCCAACAGCCGACAUAAGCUCGUCCGUCUCCUCUGUAGUUAGAUCCGCAAGUGCUACAGCUUCAUCAAAUUCCAGUACCAGUGCUAGAUCUACGAAUUUUGGUACUGGUUUAAAUAUUAAUAGAGGAUUUUUGUUGUUCUCAUUUGUGAACAUAUUCCUAAGUAUCAUCUAG